CCAUUUUGUAUGUUUUUCCUGGAGGUUAGCGCCUACUUUCCUAAUGGCUAGCAGCGACUCAUCUUAGCACAGCCUCUUCAACAAUUUGUAAGACAAAACAUAGCUAGGUAAAUUUGGAGGACUGGAUACUAAGAAAACACCUCCAACUCGGCGUGUUAUUGUUUUAUUUAGCCAUGUAGCAAGGAUACGACGCAUGAGGCGUAGCGUUAAUAUAAAUUGAGUCAGUGUUGUGGACUACCACUUGCAACCAAAACAAUGUUGACAGUCGACUUGUGCACACAUAUCAACAAACAGUCAUUUGAAGGAUGGACAAAGGUGGAGUGAAGAAGAUACCGUACAGACGAGAUGACCAUUUAAGUAAAUUGGUCUACACUGAAAGUUCAGAGGAGAGAGGUCUGUUGAAAGUGGCUCCCCAUAGUGCCAUGUCCAUCACCUCUGCCACCUCUGUCGUUCUUCCAUCCACUCCCUUAAUGCAGCCUGGACAGGUACCCAACGGCCUCAGCGACAGCCCCCUUCCAGAGGAGCUCACCUCCGCCUCAGUCACUGCCACAGUAGGCUCCUUGGUGGACGACUCAGAACCCAGGGGCCUGACCAAAGAUCAAAAAUCUCAGCAGUUGCUCCAGGCAUCCGCCACCUUUGGUCGACAGAUCUUAGGGGAUUGUUUGCCCCAGUUAGAGGCCACCAUAGCAGACAUUAACCAGUCCUCUAUGGAUUCACUUAUUGGGGGAUCGGAUCCCAACUUUUUCCCACUGAAAACAGAGGAUUUCUCCAUGGAUAAAGGAGAUCAGGAUCCCAUUGACCUUGAUCAUGCUUUUGAUCACAUUGGGAAAGAUGUGGAUGUGAACCAGAAAUUGUUCAGUGAUAACACACUGGAUUUGCUCCAGGACUUUGAGCUCACUGGUUCCCCCUCUGAUUUUUAUGUUGGGGAUGAUGCUUUCCUCUCCACUUUAGCAGAUGAUUCCCUGCUUGGGGAUGUCAGCUCAGAGAGGGACAUUAAGCCUGCCGUAGUUGAGAGCACUAAUGGUUGUGGCACAGUCUCUGUUGCUCUCAAUGGUAACAAUAUUACAAGUCCAGAUCAGUCCAGCUCUGGCGUAUCCUCAAUUUCCUCCUUAAGUCCGGCAUCUAAUUUAUCUGCAUUGGUGAAGAAAGAAAAAGAUGCUGGAUUUAUUCAGCUCUGCACGCCAGGUGUGAUCAAACAGGAGAAGACAUCAGCAGGCCAAAGUUACUGCCAAAUUAGUGGCACGCCCACUGCAGACCUGCCCAACUCGAACCCCAUCUCUAUCUGUGGGGUCAGCACUUCAGGAGGACAGAGCUAUCAUUUUGGAGUCACCACUGAGGUGCAGCAGCAGAAGGAUCAGAAGCCUGUGUCCAGUCUGUAUCUCCCUGUGACAACCAUCAGUGGGACCUGGAACAGAGUCCAGACUACCGGGGACAACACAGGAGUACACAGAGCCAGUGAGACUUUCUCAAGCUCUCUCUCCUAUCCCACAAACUUUACCAGUUCUUCCUCCAGACAGGAAGGGGGCACUGCUGCAUCCCCAGCACAGGGAAAGAGCGCGACUCAUAAAAUCUGCCUGGUGUGCUCUGACGAAGCUUCAGGCUGCCACUACGGCGUACUUACCUGUGGCAGCUGCAAGGUCUUUUUCAAGAGAGCAGUUGAAGGGCAGCACAAUUACCUGUGUGCUGGGAGAAAUGACUGCAUAAUAGACAAGAUCAGGAGGAAGAACUGCCCAGCAUGCCGCUUCCGCAAGUGUCUGAUGGCAGGGAUGAACCUGGAAGCACGCAAAAUCAAGAAGAACCGCUUAAAGGGCGUUCAGCAGAGUAACCCACCUGAGGUCAUUCCUUCUCCACCGGUCGAGGCUAGAUCCCUUGUACCCAAGUGCAUGCCCCAGCUCGUCCCCACCAUGUUGUCCCUUCUGAAGGCCAUAGAGCCAGAAACCAUAUACGCCGGCUAUGACAGCACCCUGCCCGACACCUCGACCCGCUUAAUGACUACUCUGAACCGGCUGGGAGGCCGACAGGUCAUCUCUGCCGUCAAGUGGGCCAAGUCUCUGCCAGGUUUCAGGAACCUGCACCUGGAUGACCAGAUGACCCUGCUGCAGUGCUCCUGGCUUUUCCUCAUGUCAUUCGGUCUGGGCUGGAGAUCCUACCAGCAGUGCAACGGCAACAUGCUUUGCUUUGCACCAGACCUCGUCAUAAAUGAGGAGCGGAUGAAGCUGCCCUACAUGGCUGACCAGUGUGAGCAGAUGCUGAAGAUUUCCAGCGAGUUCGUCCGUCUGCAGGUUUCCCACGAUGAAUAUUUGUGCAUGAAGGUCCUGCUACUGCUCAGCACAGUGCCAAAGGACGGCCUGAAGAGCCAGGCAGUGUUCGACGAGAUCCGGAUGUCGUACAUCAAGGAGCUGGGAAAGGCCAUCGUGAAGCGGGAAGAAAACUCGAGCCAGAACUGGCAGCGUUUCUAUCAGCUCACCAAACUGCUUGACUCCAUGCAUGAGAUGGUUGGCGGACUGCUCAACUUCUGCUUCUACACCUUUGUGAACAAGUCCCUGAGCGUGGAGUUCCCAGAGAUGUUGGCGGAGAUCAUCAGCAACCAGUUACCAAAAUUCAAAGCCGGGAGCGUCAAACCUCUCUUGUUCCACCAGAGAUGACUGUGUCCCAUACCAGAUGCAAUGCCUUAAACACCCCCUCUCACCGCCCAGCCACCCAAACACCCACCCACCCAAAUCCACCAGGAGCAACAGCAAAACAGCAGGAGCACUGAGGACCCAAGAAGAGUUAAUAACGUUAGUGGGAACGAGCGUGACCCUUGUCGUUCAGGUCUGGAGGGAAGCAGUGGAGGGACUAGAAAUGUUUGUGGAGAACCACGCAGCGAGCACAGAGGUUUUGUUUUUGUCUAAAAUGUGGUGUAUAACACGUAGGAAUUGUUUUGUGAGUUCACAGAUAAUCACAAAGAGAAAUAGGCUAACAUCCAUGUUGUCUCAGGUUUCUUACCUUCAAAUACAGAACGGUAUCUAAAAUAGAUAAAAACAAGUAUCUAUGUACAGGUUCUGAUAGUAUUUUCUACAUUUUCAAAAUCUAACAGUUUAUACAGUUUUCCAGGUCAUUGUUACCUGAGCAGGUAACAAAGCGUAAUUAAUAACAUGCUCUUAAAUAGGCUUUUAGACUGUAUGUUCGUCUUUUAGUUUUUAUAGGAGGUUGUAACAAGAUGUUUUAGUCACAUGGGGGGAUUCUGCUUUCCAGUCAUUAAAAAAGCAUUAUGUCAUUGCUUUGAUACUUUGGACAUGGGGAAACAACCGUCUGUGUUUACCCAUGUGAUCCACUCAAAGGAUGAUUUCUCCCACAAGCUGACCUCUUCCAAGUUUACACACACGUGUAUAAAAAGGGAAAAAUUAUGUGCCUUUUUGCUUCAAAUAUCAUCCUAUCCAUCUCUUCCUACUGGUCGAAGGCAUGCUUCUCUUCACCCAUCAUGGUCUACCCUCAGCAUAUGUUGAUUGUACUUUGAUAUAACAUGCACUUGCAACGUUUCCUUUUUGUUCAGUGGCUGUGUUUAUCUUUAGAAGUGGCAGCUCAGUCAUCCUGCGUGUGAAGAAAUGAUCUUUAUCAUCAAGAAUGAAUAUUCAAAGCCUGCUUCCUCUAAUGCAAUCUCCCGCACAUCUGAUUCCUUAAGUGCGAUUUGAGCACUUUGUAUCCUGCUAAAGGCUUUAAAAGACUGUGAAGAAAGACUGUUAUGCUGUCAGUCUUUACUCUGACUGUAGAUGGAAGUUUCUUUUCUUUGUUUUUUCUUUUUAAAAAAAAAAUAGCCCACUUUGAUCUUUAUUUUAGCCCCACCGUUGCCCUAAUGAUCUAAUAAUGGAAUGUGACAGAUACCUGCGUCUACCAAUCAAAAAACAGGGCAUUUUGUGUUGUGUUGUGCAAAGCAUUUUAACCUCAGUAGGAAAACUAAUUGCUCUUGUUUUAAUGUGGCUCAAACUGGUUGAAAAAUAACCGUCCCUCACUCAUUCAUUUCCUUAAUUGUUUUUUUAAUCUGUUUUGUAAAACUGACAAAUAUUAACAUUCUGCCAUGACUCUGCCGGUGAUGAUCCCUCUUCAAAAGAACGUGCAUUCAUUCUCUCAAUGAUUUACUAUGCAUCUUUACUUUGUUCCAUUUGUCAAAGUGAACAUUUGUUUGACAGAUAGCUUGUGUACAAACCGGAUCAGGCAGUGACACAUUCGUCGCCAGGUAAAACACCCCACAUGUGCUUGUGACUUUUGACCCCUCCUCCUCUUCCUCCCAGUUCAAAGCCCUGUAGCCACUUUGUCUUAUCGUCUAUCACACAGUAUGUGUUUCUAGUAUAUUUGCACGUUUAUUUGUGUAGUUGAGCCCCAGUGUUUAACAGCUCUUGGCAUCAGUCACCUCACAGUCACCAAUCCUAGUCGAAGCGUAGACUCACUGACCGGCGAUUCAGGCAAAAAGGAUCCUUCACUCUCUGGGAAGUAUUUCAGUGCCAAAAUCCUGUUUUGUCUGUUUUCAGUGAUGCUGCAAGUUUGUCAGUGUUUAUAUUGAAAAAGAAUCCAGCGGUGAAACGUCCAAAUUUGUCCAGUGCUCUAAGUAAAGAUGGUCGGAAUUACAAGAACUUAAACUCGCUGAACUAAGUUUGUUAACUGACACACACACUCAGUUGUGUUGUGUAAUACACAGAAUAAUGUGGGUCGUUCUCCUUUUCCUUGUGUUGUGCAAGUUAAGUGAGAAUUUGAAAUGUGUUGCUACAUUUUCAUCAGUUUAGCUCCAUCUGCAUGUUUCAAAACCCCGUCAUUUUGUUUGUGUCUUGAGCACAAAAUCAUUAAGGUUUUAAGUGAAAAAUCAACUUAAAGGUGAAUUCAUGUCAUAACAGAUCAGAGCUGAUGCCCUGUCAGUUACGUACACUCAGAAAAUAUCUGAUUAUUCUCCUGUUAGUCAAUGUAUAUGUAGCUUUGGAAACCAGCUUUUGCUACCACGACUGCAAAUGUCAAAGCACUUGAUGGAAAUGAUUUAGAAACACUCUCCAUUCUCAGGUUGUUGAAAUCUGAUUCCCACAACACAUUGUUGUCAUUUUAGUGUUUUAUGUUCUGACUGUAACAACCAAAAACAUCAAGUUGAAAUUCCCCAAAUUGUCUGCCUCUGUGCUUUAUGGUUUGUUUUUUUCCUUUCGUUUUCUCUUCUUUUCUUCAGGAUACAGUUCACAGAUCAGUUUUCCAUCUGUCACACACACUAUAGCAUCAGAAAAAGACACUUGUUAGUUUUCUUCCUGGUGUAAAAACCAUCUUCAUCCACUGCCUGUGGGUUCCUCAUGGGUUACUUUCACAUUCAGUGUAUCCAAAUCUCUGCUGCUGCUCUUCAUUGUAACAGGUAUAUACAAAUAUAUAUAUAUAUAUGAUACAAGAACACACACUUGCCUCUUCUUGCUCAAAAAUGUACCGUAUCUUACCCUGUACAUUUUUGAGAACAACUAAAUAUGCAAUAGAAAUGACAUAAUCUAUCACCAUCACAUUACAAGAUGUGGCUGCUUCCUUUUUUUUUCUGCGUUUCCGAUAAGCUAUUUGCAUACAGGAGAUUCACGUUUAACUUUAUCUCUGCAGGCCAGAUUUUUCAGGAAAAGAUACACUUCGUCAGAAAUCAGUCCACCCAGACUGCACAGAAAAGCCUAUUUGAUGUUUGACUACAAGGUGACCAAAGCAACUACAGUUCAAUGAAACGUGUCAGCGUUGGCUACAUAGCUCCUAGAAAACAAAUGUACAGAUCUUUGUUCUUUUUUUUUUUUUUUUUUUUUAGGAAAAAAAAAACAUUUUUUACUCUAACGUGAUGGCUUUGGUCAAAUUGUGUAAUACUGUGAAUAGGAUAGGAGUCAGUCUUUUUCACACUCAAACUGUUUGUGAAAGUAAUCAACCAGCUUGAAUCUAAAAAAAAAAAAAAAUUGCACUACCCAAAUAUUGUUUGAAAAUCUAUUUUGUAUAAAACAUAUGCAGACAUUAACUUUUGAGAACUAUCAAGGGCAGAUCAUGUUUCACUGGUAUAUGCUUUCUCUAAAGCUUUGUUUUGCUUACAGAUUUGAAUAUGUACAUAUAAUCCAUUGUAAAGAAAAUGUGGUGUAUUUGUCUCCAGAUAAUAGUUUUUCUAUACCCUCUGUAUUAUUUCUCCUCUGUAGUGUGAAACCUGUUCAUCUUUUCCUCCAUUGAUUAAAGGUCGAACUGUU